CCCAAAAUAAAUCCCAUUUCAAAACACACAAAACAAAAAUGUCAGGAAGAGGAAAGGGAGGCAAGGGAUUGGGCAAGGGAGGAGCCAAACGACACCGUAAGGUGUUGAGAGACAACAUCCAGGGAAUCACCAAGCCUGCGAUUCGAAGAUUGGCGAGACGAGGUGGAGUCAAGCGAAUCAGUGGCCUCAUCUAUGAGGAGACACGUGGCGUUCUCAAGAUCUUUCUCGAGAAUGUGAUUCGUGAUGCGGUUACCUAUACUGAGCACGCGAGGAGAAAGACUGUAACGGCGAUGGAUGUUGUGUAUGCUUUGAAGAGGCAGGGAAGGACUCUGUAUGGUUUUGGAGGUUAAGCUUGUUUUAGAUCUGAGUUUCGGAGAAUGUUAGGGUUUGGAUUAGAAGAAUGAUUAGCUUUUGGUUAUUGUAAGUAGUAUGAUGAUCUAGGGAUUGGUUGGUUCUAGAUGUUGAAUUGUGAUUCAAUGGAAUUUAAUGAUUUGUUAUCUAGAAUUGAAUUCACAUUAUAUUUUGUUGAUUUA